CCACCUUAUAGCCAUACAUUAUCAUUUUUCUAAUUAUCGACUGUGAAAUUAAAGGCUUUAAAAUUAAAGGAAGUAGGACUUCAGUGACAAUUUAUUAGAAUAUAUCCCUAACAUGAAAAUACACAAAUUUAUAAUAAAAUUAGAGAAAAAAACGUUAUAAUGCAUUUUAUCACAUAAAAUAAAUGUAAUCCUUAUUAAAUCCAGGAACCUAUUUUAAUUGAUUUGCGUGGCUUCCGCAUUUUUAAAUUCUCCCGGGUCUGUGCACAUAUAACGCCGAUCGCCGCCGCCUGGUAGCCUGGCGCCGCUGUCGCGCGUUCCGAAGUCGUGAUCUACUGAAUCUACUCCAGAGUUCCAGAGAGUCCUUCACGCAGCACCGUCGUAAUUGGAGCAGUCAGCUGUUGUGUCAAAGUGAACAUCCUUAACCAACAAAUUGUGCGAAUAUUCGGCCAGUCUCGCACGACCCGGUGGUCUGCGACCUGCGACGAAUCGUGCUCACCUUGGCGAACGACCGGCCUACGACUCGACGGCACGGCGGAGAACGCAUCGUUCUAAACGUUACAAGGCGAAGUAUGAUUUUCUAGCAACGCAUAACGUUUCUCAACUUCUCUCAGAAUGUUUAAAGAAAGUGAAAAUGGCGUGGGUGGCUGUAACGGUGCACCACCACGUCCCCGGAGACUAUUUCCUCGAUUUUCCCUGCGAAGAUUAUUGUACUCCAGUCCACUUAUUGGCCGUCGCAUUGCAAGAACACCUAGUUCAAGUAAUAGAAAUGCAAGAGCUAAAGAUCAAGCAAGCGGCAGAGCGGACGUUGAGAAAGGAGAGGCCAGAGUAAGCAAUGGGUCGAGUCAUUUCCAAUUUCACAACAUAGAUCUGCAGCGCGCUUCCAGCAAAGGUUCUGUGCUUUCUUCUGCAGGAAAGAGUAACGAAAAUGGAUUGAUGGAAUGUCCGUUAUGUUUGGCCGAACUACCAGUAGAAUUCUUUCCUAUUAUUCAGUCUUGUCAUCAUCGCAGUUGUUAUGAUUGUUUCCAACAAUAUCUGAAAGUGGAAAUCUCUGAAUCCAGAGUUAAUAUCGCUUGCCCAGAGUGUUCAGAACCCUUGCAUCCAAAUGAUAUUCGGAUGAUUCUGAACGACCAAACGCAGUUAGAAAAGUACGAAGAUUUUAUGGUUCGAAGAGUACUUGCCGUAGAGCCUGAUGCAAGAUGGUGCCCUGCUCCGGAUUGUAGUUUUGCUGUCAUCGCCAGUGGUUGCGCCUCGUGUCCAAAAUUACGUUGUGAGCGACCAGGUUGCGACUCGUACUUUUGUUAUCAUUGUAAAGCGCGGUGGCAUCCUAAUCAAACAUGCGAUGCUGCCAGAGCACAGCGUUCUCAAUAUUAUGAACGGAGCUCCUCGCUAAGUUUCAGUCAAACUGACUCUCAACACAGAGACGACAUAAAACCGUGCCCCAGAUGUCAAGUUUUAAUUGUCAAAAUGGACGAUGGAAGUUGCAAUCAUAUGACUUGUGCAGUUUGCGGUGCUGAAUUUUGUUGGCUUUGUAUGAAAGAAAUUAGCGAUCUUCAUUAUCUUAGUCCUUCUGGCUGCACCUUUUGGGGUAAAAAGCCGUGGUCCAGAAAGAAAAAGAUUCUUUGGCAACUUGGAACUUUAGUAGGAGCACCGAUUGGAAUUGGUCUCGUCGCCGGAAUAGCAUUUCCAGCCAUGAUUAUAGGUAUACCAGUGUGGGUAGGACAAAAAUUGUAUACGAGGUACGAGAAAGCCAACAAGCACAAGAGAAAUGCCUUUAUCGCAGGGGGAGUCACUGCAUCAGUCUUGGUGUCGCCAGUACUAGCAGGAUUAGCCGUGGGCAUCGGCGUACCCAUUUUGCUGUUCUACGUCUACGGUGUGGUUCCGGUAUCCCUCUGCCGAAGCGGAGGCUGCGGUGUUUCCACGAGCGGCACUGGGGUGCGAUUUGAUUUUGAUGACGAGAAUGACUUGAUGGGGGUUCUGGGCAUUCGCAACGGCGGAGAUGCGGCAUCAAUAGACGUCGCAAGUCACCGCGGUGGCAAUCCGUCGAUAGGGGAGGCCUCCUUGUCGCUAGGUAGCGGCAGCCAGUUGGAGAAAUUGGGCCGAGAAAAUGACCGUGAAAGUGUUAGCAACGUGGCUCUCGCUGGCACCAGCCUUGCUAGUUUAGCCUCCAGCGUACUCCCCGGCGGUCAAAGGUUGGAAGUUCAGGCUGAUGUUACGUCUACUCAACGUUUCAGUUUAUGUAGCGAGACGACUUCCGCGGCUACUAGUCUGUCUGAAAAAUCUGUAAACGCUUCUAUUGCCCUGGACGAUGGCGCAGCAUCUACGAGAGCCCUGGCUGGUUCCGUUCUUAACUUUAAGAUGGAUGGCAGUUCAAUCAGUGGUGGUAGAAGCACGGAAGGAGAACAGGCGGCUAGCUCUGCUAACGGUGGUCACAGUGAUUCUGCUGGACAAGCCACUUCUUUGAGCUCGCUAGAAGAAGUGGCACCUGGUUUAGCAAAGCGUAUCCGCCGUAAACUCACAUUUGACCGUCAAUGUAGUGACUCUAAUAGUUGGACUAUGUGCGGGGAGGACGGUGGUUCAGAACGAGUACGAUUCGACGAUCACGUUAGCGUAAUCGAAGCAGAUCAAGAAAGAGUAGUAGGUAGCAAAUUGGAAGGCUGCGCAGCAAAUAAUCGGUCAACGGGAGUACGGAAGCGGAACAAAGAUUCAGAGAUAGAAAUGGAGGUUCAAAAAAUAUCUAAGAGUCCGAACGGUGAACUGAAUGUUGAGAGCCCCGUGGACGAGGCUUCGCGGGAACGCGUGAACGUAGCUACUUUGAGAAAUGUAUUUUUUCACACUUCAACGGUAUCUGCGGAUCGCGAGAAACGAUUGUCCGUUAUAGAGGAACCAAUGCCGACCGUGUCGCAGAUUCCUGGUAAUCGGAACUGCAUGCCUUCACACGACGAGAGUCAAAGCCCUACCAGUACGGACGAGAGCUUACAAUGCUAAAAAAAUCAAGACUGAAAAAUCUAUGGAUGUCAUGAUAUGCAUGUGUCUCUCAAAACGUUACGACGUAUGUAUAAAUGCGUAUAUACAUAUUCAUGAGUGUGUAUAUAUGUAUUAAACUACAUAACUAUAAUUCAUAAGUAUAAACGCGAAGAGUGUACAUACUCACAUACGCAACAUGCAGUAAUAGUUCAAAUGUUACACGUGAAGAGAUAAAACUGUGGUAAUGCAAUUUUACUGAUUGUGUGCAUUUGCGCUGUGAUUUUAUGCAUAUACUAGAAAUUUGUGAAUGUUUACACACACUUACAUACACACAUACACAUACACAUGUACUGGCCUCCAAUUCGUUAUAAACGAUAAAAAAGAUUAACAAAAUUUUCUUUUUGCCAAAUAAUCCUAUUAUUUAUAUGUAUAUUAUUCCCUCGUUCGCGAAAUACAGUUUGUAACGAACAGGUGGACAAUACACAAGCUAAGAAAAAGAUUUACAAAGAUGAAAGUUAACGUCGCGGAUUGUGGCUGCAUUUUAUAAGUCGAAUAUUGCUCAUUACGUCUUUAAGUAUUAUGCGUCCCUUUUAAUGUAAUCGGUCAAUAUACAUAUAAGAAUAUUUGAAUAUGAAUAUUUCCCCCAAAAUAUGUUUCCCUUUGCUAUAUGAAAAUAUAUGUAAUACGACAAGCA